UGUGGAAUGAGUGAUAUGGCAUGUACAACUGACAGCAGGGCACUACCUUCUGGACUUUACUGCCUUUAUCAGAGCUCUGCAAUCCAUUUAUAUACAGUGCCGAUACCUUCUCAACACUUACACACAGAAGAGGACAAGAGAAAGAGCUGGCCGAUAAUUAUGAAAAUCCUUGUAGUGUUUGUUAUUGCCGCUUUCUCUGGUUGCCAUGCCAGUGUUAUGUGGCAGGACCGACCAGAGGGCAGUAUGGAUCUAGUGAAAAACGCAUUCUGGAAUUACGUGUCUCAGGCAACUCUUACAGCUGAGGACACACUGCAGGUGAUUAGAAACUCAGAACUGGGUCAAGAAAUCAAUGACAGGAUCUCUAAAAGUGCUGAUGCCAUCAAUGGAUACACCCUGGCCAUUCAAAGUCAAGUAACUCAUCUGACACAAAAGCUUCUGGCCAAACUUUCCCAGGAUGCGGAUCAGUUGAAACUGCGCCUGGAACAGGAAAUGACAUCUGUGCAUUCCCAGCUCAAGCCUUAUGUUGAUGAGAUCAGAGCUGAUAUUGAGGAGCAGGUUGAGCGGCUGAAAAAGGAUGUGGCCACGUAUGCAGAGACCCUGAAUUCUGAAGCCCUGAAAUCUACUCUGGUUCAGGGGGCUGAGGAGCUGAAGGCAAAGCUGGAGAGAAGUUUCAUGGAAAUGGGUCCCCAAACCGAGGAGCUGAAGCAGAAACUGGACCAACACUUUUUGGAGUUUCAGAUGAGCAUGACUCCAUUAGCCCAAAGCUUUCAGAGUCAGCUGACCCAGGGAAGUCAGGAGCUUCAGAAGAAUCUGGCUCCCUAUUCAGAGGAGCUGAGAAAACUGGAUCCAUACGCACAGGACCUGAAGGCCCAGUUAACAGCUCUCUGGGAGUCUUUUGACAAGAUCAGCAGUCUUGAAAGACCUUAGAGACUUUAUGGAGACCUUUUGGAAACGCAAAAGGGUGCUUCUGUUACCAUUGGGGGUUCACCUAAUAUAUUUCUUUGUUGCUCAUGUAUGUUUUUUAAAAAAAUUGCUAAAUAAAAUAAUGUAAGCACUA